UUCGUUUCCAAUUGCAAAUGCGUGAUCUUGUUUCGUUUCUCACCCGCCGAGCUUUCUCUUCCCUUCGCUGAAGCUCUCCUUCACUAGAUUAAUGGCGGAACUCCACUGAAAAAACCCUAAUUUUUUUGCUUCAAUCCCAAGCACGAUCUCCACCAAACCAUGAUGUCAACUCUCUCCAACUCCCUCUUGUUCCUGCCCCCCAAUUUUCAACGCAUUCCACCAACUCCCCAUGUCUCCAUCGUCAAUUUUCAUUCUAGGGUUAGGUCUAGAUCAAGACAACCCAAAACCCUCGUCUUCUGCAGCACCACCAGCAGCGAAAAGCCUGCUCCUUCCAACCCCACCAUGGGCUCUGAUGUUGAAGCUGUGCCUUCGGAGACUGAUCGGUUCUUGAGCUUGGAGAUUGAGGAAAAGGAGAAUGGUGUGGUUUUGGAUCUUGGGUUGGCCCGGAAGAUGCUUGACUGGGCGCUUCUGGUUUCUCCUUUCUUCUUUUGGGGCACGACGAUGGUGGUUAUGAAGGAGGUGAUGCCUAAAACCGGGCCUUUCUUUGUUUCGGCUGUUCGGUUGAUCCCUGCUGGAGCUCUGCUGAUUGGGUUUGCUGCGAUUAGAGGGAGGAAACUGCCUUCUGGUUUUCUUGCUUGGAUUUCCAUUAUCCUUUUUGGGGUUGUUGAUGCUGCGUGCUUUCAGGGGUUUCUUGCUGAGGGUUUGCAGAGAACAUCAGCUGGUUUGGGAAGUGUCAUCAUUGAUUCACAGCCUUUGACUGUUGCCAUACUUGCAUCAUUGCUAUUUGGUGAGUCAAUUGGUGCAAUUGGGGCAGCUGGACUUGUUCUUGGUGUUAUUGGGCUUAUUCUCCUUGAGGUACCAUCACUUUCUUCUGAAGGAAGCAGCUCCAUAUGGGGCAGUGGGGAAUGGUGGAUGCUUCUUGCGGCCCAAAGCUCAGCAGUGGGAACUGUUAUGAUCCGCUGGGUGUCAAAAUAUUCUGAUCCUGUGAUGGCAACUGGAUGGCAUAUGCUUAUUGGAGGGCUUCCUCUGUUGGCAAUCUCUAUAUUGAAUAAUGACCCUGCUGUGAAAGGGAGUCUUUCAGAGUUUACAUCUGGUGAUGUCCUAGCUCUUCUGUACACCAGUAUAUUUGGAAGUGCUGUCAGUUAUGGUGUAUUCUUCUACAAUGCAACUAGAGGUAGCUUGACAAAACUGAGCUCACUGACAUUUUUAACUCCAAUGUUUGCUUCAAUAUUCGGGUACCUGUACCUGGGAGAAACAUUCUCAAAUUUGCAACUUCUCGGCGCAUUAGUCACCCUCGUUUCUAUUUAUAUGGUCAAUUACCGUGAUACUGUUAAUGAAGAAUGAAAUUAUCAUAAAGCAACCGAUGCAAUUUGUGAUAAGUGGAUUUCAUUUAAGUCAAAGAAAACAAAAUACGAAGGAAAUGGUGAAAUACGAUUGAUCGAUAUCUCUACACUUGCUGACUUGCUGUUACAGCGAAGAAUUUGAAGAAGCUCAGCUGUGAAUAUUAAAACAUCAAAUGGAAGAAGGUUAAUGAUCUAUCUUCCAAAAA